GUAAUAGGGAGGGAAGAGGUGUAUUAGGGAGAGGAGAUGUGUAAUAGAGAGAGGAGGCAUAUACUAUACACAGACUAGAAGAUAUACAGGACAGGGAGGAGACAACGUGAGAUUAUAAAACCAUGGGGGUACAAACACAAAUAUAUAUGUAUAUAUGCUCCAGAUCACAAAGGCAUCAAUGAUGCUGAGCACAUAGAGACACAUGGGAUACACAACAUGGAGAUGUACAUUAUACAGAGAGGUGGGAUACAGAGCAGAGAGAUAUUAUGAAGUGAGCACAAUAGAGAGCAUUGAGGCACAGCAGAGUCACAGGGAAUAGGCUACAGAACAGAGAGGAACAGCAUUGAGAGCACAAUCAGGUUCAGAGAAUACAAAGCACAGGGCAGAUUUGUUGUUCACAAGAGGUUAGAGGCCAUAGAGGGAAUACAGAGCACAGAGAGGUAAGGGCAAUACACAAGGGCACAUGUACUAGAGAGAUAAGAAACAUAUUGUCUCGACAGCACAGAGACGCAUACAUCCUAGAGAGCAAAGAGAGAGAUAAAUGGUAGACUGCUCAGAGAGACAUAUAAGCUAGAGAGAGCAGAGAGAGAUAUGGGACAAGUUGGAUAGAGAGACAGAUAGAAAUAGGAGAGUACAGGAGAUCAGGGGGCAGGGUAUAUAGGUGAGGACAGAGGAACACUAAGGCACAUCAGAGAGGAAAGGCACGUGGGUUUAGAAGCACAGGGUAAAUAAAUGCAGAUAUAAUGUCAGGGGUCGCCAGGUACAUGUGAGGAAGGGGGGAAAGAUAAUUUUGGUAUUGUACAGACGGCGCCUACAGGAGAGGUUUUUAUUUACACUAUAGAAAUAAACAGGCGAGAUUGUAGAGAGGAGAGAGAGCUCAGGGGGUACAACAGGCAGCGGGGAAUGGAGCAGGGCUCGGGGGUCUCCCAACAGCACAAGGGCCCUUAGUACGGAGCAACUGGACAGCGGCCGGACAAAGAGCGAGUUGUCGCUGCAGUGGGAUUCGGAGGGAUCAGGCGGCGGAGAUUAGGGGCCAGUGUGUGGGGGAGGGGAUGAAGAUCAGCGGAGCAGCCGGCGGGGAGGCAACUAAUCCGGGGGCUGCACUGAACUGACAUUGGGAAACUAGACAUCACUGUAUGCAUUUAGUAGUUUAUUUGCUGCACCAGAUACAAUGGCUUGUCUACAUGAAACACGCACUCCCUCGCCUUCCUUUGCCAGUUUGCUAUCAGAUGGACCAAUUCGCCGGCUGGAUAUCGACACUCCUCCUGGCUGUACCCCUGAGCAAGAACUGACACCCACACAAUGUGUCCUCCGUGGUAUGGUGCGAUCUGAGGGGGGCUCUCCUCACAGUGAAGACUGUACAAACCCCCUCACUCACAGUGAGCCUCAGGACCCACAAAAGGCUGAAGACAGGGGUGGAGGGGGUGCAGAAGAUUGUCCUUUAGAAGACAGACCAUGUCGGGCAUUGGGAGAAGGCCGUAUGCAGUGUCAAGCAGGGGUUGGCUUUCUCGGAGGGCUUUUUGGAUGUCUGAGACCUGUCUGGGCAAUGAUUGGGAAAACUUAUUCAACAGAACACAAGCAGGGAGAAGACCCAUGGGAGAUUCCAUUUGAAGAAAUCCAGGACCUGCAGUGGGUGGGCAGUGGAGCCCAAGGAGCUGUCUUCCUUGGGAAAUUCCAUGGUGAAGAAGUGGCUGUAAAGAAAGUGCGAGAUAUUAAAGAAACAGACAUCAAACACCUCCGAAAGCUAAAGCAUCCUAAUAUCAUCACCUUCAAAGGGGUGUGCACACAAGCUCCUUGUUACUGCAUCUUAAUGGAAUUUUGUGCUCGGGGGCAACUGUAUGAAGUCUUGCGUGCUGGGAGAAAAAUAACCCCCUCCUUAUUAGUAGACUGGUCCAUGGGAAUUGCUGGUGGAAUGAACUACUUACAUCUCCAUAAAAUAAUCCACCGUGACCUCAAAUCACCUAACAUGCUCAUCACCUAUGAUGACUUGGUCAAAAUUUCUGACUUUGGUACCUCCAAAGAGUUGAGUGAUAAGAGCACCAAGAUGUCCUUUGCGGGUACAGUUGCUUGGAUGGCACCAGAAGUGAUACGCAAUGAGCCUGUUUCUGAGAAGGUGGAUAUUUGGUCCUUUGGGGUGGUUCUUUGGGAGCUGUUGACUGGAGAGAUCCCUUAUAAGGAUGUGGAUUCCUCUGCCAUAAUUUGGGGGGUGGGCAGCAAUAGCCUGAACCUCCCUGUGCCAUCUAGUUGUCCAGAUGGAUUCAAACUGCUGCUAAGGCAAUGCUGGGAGAGCAAGCCAAGAAAUCGCCCCUCGUUUCGUCAAAUCCUGCUGCACUUAGAUAUUGCUUCUGCCGAUAUCCUGUCCACCCCUCAGGAGACCUACUUCAAAUCCCAGGUGGAAUGGCGAGAUGAGGUUCGGUUAUAUUUUGAGAAAAUCAAGUCAGAAGGAACGUGUCUGCAGCGUUUGGAAGAGGAGCUGAUAACACGGCGCCGGGAGGAGUUAAGGCAUGCCCUGGAUAUUCGAGAGCACUAUGAGCGCAAGUUGCAGAGAGCAAACACUCUGUACGUGGAGCUGAACUCACUCAUGCUGCAACUGGAGUUGAAAGAGAAGGAGUUGCUCAGGAGAGAGCAAGUCAUGGAAAAGAAAUAUCCUGCAAUACUGCGCCAGCCUCGGCCCUCCAGUACAGUGGAAAAACUUAUCAAGAAGAGGAAUGUACCUCAGAAAUUAUCCCCACAUGGGAAAAGGCCAGACAUUUUGAAAUCUGAAGUCCUGCUGCCAAAGGUAGACUCUGUCUUAUCACCCUCUACCCCCACUGGUUGCCAGAAACUUCCCCCAUCCCCAGGAAGGGGUCGUCGGGGAAAACCUCGGUACCGCAAAGCAAAGGACAUGGUCAACCUAAGAGCUGCAGUUACCCCUGAGACCACCCCUCAAAGUCAACCUCCUGCUCGGGACCCCCAUCCUCUGUCUUCCUCAAGCCCUGACCUGUUAUCUACCCCUCUGGAGGCCGAAGCCCGUAGGGGAAGUCAGAGUGCAGAGUGUUCCCCUGUUCGUUCUUUGCCUGGCCCUCCAAGCCCUGACUCCUCCUCAGGUCGGGCAGCAGGGAGCAGAGCAGCCAGAGGAGGGCAGCACCUCACCCCAUCAGCCAGGCUGUACAGAGCAGCUGUCACAAGGAGUCAGAAACGAGGGUUGUCCUCCGAAGAGGAAGAGGGGGAAGUUGACAGUGAAUUGGAGAUGGAGAGAAGACAGAGGUGGCCCACAGGGAUGUCCCAGAAUCAAUCACCCAGUUCGGAGAAUCUGUCAGAUGGGGAGGAAGGGAACACAACUGACCCCUCUCACAGUGUCACCCCUGAUGUGUUGAGCACUAACACAGAUGAACGUCCGGAUGAACGAUCUGAGGAUCUGGUGUCCCAAAGCUCUGAACCCCCUCUGGAUCUUCUCACCCAGUCUGAUGGACUCUCAGAGAAGGAGGCGGUUAUCCAGAAAGUGAAAACCCAGCUGAGCAAUGAACAGACUGCAGGAGAGAAUGUCGUCCUGUAUGAUGACUCUGACUGUGACAGCGUUGAACUUGACCAUUCGCUCUCUGCAACGACCUCAUGAUGCCACUGCAGAUAUACCUCCUGACUGUAUAUAGAGGAAAUAUUUAUAUAAAUAUUAUCUAUAAAUAUAAUACAUAAUAUGUGAAUAGACUGAGCCACACCUAUUUCCCUAUAUCAAAGAUCUGCAACUUGUAGCUUUUGAGUUGCUACGGAGCUACGACUCUUAAAUGUGGUAGAAUGUUUGGUAUUGUAGUUCAGUAACAGCCGGUGAGCUACAAGUUGUGGAUCUCUGCUCUAGAUUCUUCCUCAACCAUCGCCACCCAUGCAACCUACACGUAGCAUCCCCUCACAUCUAGCUGGGGAUGAAAUCUGGAAGCACUGGAAGCAAAGCAAAAAAAGCCUGCACCCCAAAGAUAAAGGAUUUAACAAAUAGAAGUAGCCCCGUGGCUGCCACUGAAACUUUCUAUAGACUGGCAGCCAAGGAGUUAAUGAGCACAAACUAAAAUGUUCUCCCCUUUCUAUGUAGAACUUCAUUGCAUGGUAUUUAUGAUCUCACUAUGCAUGGACAGAAUAUCCCCCUUUUAAAUGCCUGGUGGGCAUCCAGUGCAUGACAAGCAAAGUGCAGCAGUGUCUUCUAGAAAUGAAAGUUUUUUCCAGAGUACCCGGGGGCGACAGUUGCUUUAGUUUAGAGUCAUGAAACUAUUAAUGCACUGCAGUCUCCUUGCCUGUAAGAUAUGAGUCCUGCAACACAUUACAAAGCAACUUCUGCAAAAAGAUGGGUCGCAGCUUCUCAGGCAGACAAGCGAUCAAUGGAGUCCAAGGCACAUACGUCGGAGUUGUACAGGAAACUUCAUGGAGCAGUACUUAUCAGGGAGUCUCCGCAAGAAGAGGUUGGAAAAGCAAUGCUCUACUAGACCACUUUUUGCAGUCUUGAUCAGUCUUGAUGAGAACUUCAUGGUGCUAUGCCCUCUGGCUCUGCCUUUAUAUUCCUUAGGGCAAUGGAUCUGUAGGGCAAAUUCAGUAGCAGUGGGUGAAUGACAUUAUCAUCUGGUUCUGAACUCUUGGACUUUGCAGCAUUGUAUGGUAAUGCGUUCUAGUCAUUUGUGGUGGCCAGGGGUUAAACAGAUGAGGGAUGAGAUGGAAAUG